UCAAAAAAGGAAGUGUAUAGAAAUGUUUAGAAAAUGAAAAUUACUGUGUUCCCUAUUUAAUGGCCUUGCUUAGAAAGAAUGUCCUCAGAGAACUUACCCCCACGGUUCCCACAGACGCUCAUCACAGCCGGCCCAGCAGCAGCCUUGUUUGCCCCAUGGCCUUCGUGCUCUCUCUACUGGCCGCCCUGGUGCUGUUCAGCUAUGGCCCUGGUGGAUCUCUGGGCUGUGACCUGUCUCAGAAUCACAUGCUGGUUACCAGGAAGAACUUCAUGCUUCUGGGCCAAAUGAGGAGAACCUCCCCUCGCUUCUGUCUGAAGGACAUAAAAGACUUCGGUUUCCCCCAGGAGAUGGUGGAUGGCACCCAGCUCCAGAAGGCCCAGGCCACCUCUGUCCUGCAUGAGAUGCUCCAGCAGAUCUUCAAUCUCUUCCACACAGAGCACUCCUCUGCUGCCUGGGACACCACCCUCCUGGACAGACUCCGCACUGGACUCCAUCAGCAGCUGGAGGACCUGGACGCCUGCUUGGGGCUGGCGAUGGGAGAGGAAGAAUCUGCCCUGGGAAUGAUGGACCCUACACUUGCCGUGAAGAGGUACUUCCAGGGAAUCCACCUCUACCUGCAAGAGAAGAAACAUAGCGAUUGUGCCUGGGAAAUUGUCAGAGAGGAAAUCAUGAGAUCCUUCUCUUCAUUAACAAGCUUGCAAAAAAGACUCACGAGGAAGAAAUGA